CAUUGGAGGAGCACCUGAAUGUAACACCAGUGCUUGUGUACUGGAGGGAAACCAACUGUGCCUCCUCACUGUAACAGUGAGUCUCCUUUCAUCGCCACCCGGAGGAGUCUGCUGCUGCAGGCGGGAUCAAAUAUCUCCUAGCCCACUGACCGACGGGCAACCCGGGUUGCAAAACAAGCUCUCCGGCCAACACUUUGAGAGCUAACGCAGGAGCUACCGAGGCUAACCCGACAUGGCGACGGCGAUAUACUUGGAGCACUACCUUGACAGUAUUGAAAACCUUCCAUGUGAGCUUCAGAGGAACUUUACGUUGAUGAGGGACCUGGACAACAGGACUGAAGAAAAGAAAGUAGAGAUCGACAAACUGGCUGAAGAGUACAUCGCCAACGUGAAGAACCUGGCCUCUGCUCAGAGGGUGGAGCACCUGCAGAAGAUCCAGAAUGCCUACAGCAAGUGCAAAGAGUUCAGUGACGACAAAGUGCAGCUCGCCAUGCAGACGUACGAGAUGGUGGACAAACACAUCCGCAGACUGGAUGCUGAUCUGGCUCGGUUUGAGAACGAGCUGAAGGAGAAACUGGAGCUGAGCGGCCACGAGAGUUCAGAGGGGAGGAGUCUGAAAAAGGCCGAAUCUCGGGGGCUGAGAGAGAAACGUGGAUCCAGAGGACGAGCAAGGAAAGGUUCUGAUGAAGAUUCACCUAAGAAGAAGAAAAUCAAAAACAGUCCCGACCUGAGCGAUGCUCUCCUGCCGAUGCAGCCGUCAGACGUCCUGGACAUGCCGGUGGAUCCCAACGAGCCCACAUACUGUCUGUGCCACCAGGUGUCGUACGGGGAGAUGAUCGGAUGUGAUAACCCUGAUUGUCCGAUCGAGUGGUUUCACUUUGCUUGUGUCGACCUCGCCACCAAACCCAAAGGAAAAUGGUUCUGUCCGAGAUGCACCCAAGACAAGAAGAAGAAAUGAGAGUUUUAUGUCAGAUGUACUCGCCUAAUAAUGUUUGUAUGUUUGCUGUAGUUAAAUAGUGUUAUAUAUACAUAUAUCUCUAUAUAUGUCUCUGUUCCUGUAACUAUCCAUAGACGUGGUGGGUCAAAUAUGUAUUUCUAAGAGUUUGGCUGCACCGACAGACUCUCUCAUGAUACGUUACAGUUUCUGUGUCAUCAGAUUUCAGCCUGCUGUUCUCGUCCAAUCACAUCGCCGUACUGGAUCCACCACUCUGAGUCAAUUAGUCCAAAACUUGCACAAACGAUCACCAAUCAGAGUGUCCUCCCACUUCAGCCUCUCAUGUAAAUACCGUCUUCACCAAGGUCCUCAGAAUAAUCCUGGAUUGUGGCUUUAGCAUACUUGAAAUGUCAAUUUUAUAAAGAUGUAUUUUUUAAACAAAUUAAAAGCCUGCUGAAAAUUUAGAGUUGAAUUGAAACACCUGAAUCCUUACUGAACUUUGUGGUAAAAGGAAUUACGUGUCCGAUUUUCAGUUACCUACCUCCUUGGGGAAAAUAUCGACACCGCACACGACUGCAAAAGAUACCCGUGUUAAAAGAAACCAAACGAUGUUUAAAUCUGAGAAGCUGCGACAUCUUUGAAUGUAUUGUGGUACUGUGGCUCGGUGGCUCAGUGGGUCGGUGUCUCCUCUCAGCUGAAAGAGGUUUAAGCACUUUGAAUGAAUUUUCCCCCUGAAGAGGGUUGAACCCAGCAGGCUUGGUUUUAUGAACUCAUUUAAAACUUUGCCAUUGCUUCAAACCACACGGAAAUAUAAAAGAUUAUAUGUUUUGUAUGAUAUGAAACGAUAUUUUGUGGACACACUUUUUUCCAAAGAUAUAUUUGUUGUAUUGAUUACUUAUCGGUGUACACGUACAAUUUUAUUUAACAGGAUUUUAGCAUCUUCUUUCAUACUCAACUGUGAAUAUCACUCAUUUAGGUGUAAGCCACAAACAAGAGAGCCAAAGUCUUUGUAUUUUGUAAAAUGCAGUAUUUUAUAACAAAUAAAUAUUCACUAUAAGUCAUGCAUUAUUUCAUUCUUUGAUGUUCAAAGUGGAAAGCAGUGCCUUUUGUGAAACAUGUGAAUGCUGAUCCCUUCAUUAAAAGAAUCAAUACAGCUA